GGCCCACUUGAGUUUUGGAUCUGCCUCAUUUUUUAGCCCAUUUCCUAACAUGGGCUAACGAAACUGAUGGACGGAGUGGAUGUCACACAGAUAAUGCGGUGAGUCCCAUAGAGUUCCUGUAGCAGGAAAGUCGAAUCCUUUCGGGUGGGGUACCCAUGGCGUGCUCCGUCUGAUGAAGCGGGCCCCACCAUUUCUUUCAUUCAGUUUGUCCAAAAUCCAAAUAGACAGACACUAUCAAUUCAUUUCCCUCUCCUUCUAAAUUGGAAAACUAUCAAAUUCCAUUGGAAAGGAUUGUGUAUCCAAACGCCACCCAAGUGAAGGGAGCAGCCAUGUAACAUGGCCCAGAAUCUUGUAGCCUCUAGAUUCUCUCGCCUACUAUCUUCAACUGCCGUUAAAUCCCAGCCGUUAAAUCUCGUACCAACGUUCGAAUUUCCCACCUCCACAAUCAGAUUUCUCAAACGCCAUUCAUCAUCGCCUCUCUUCAUAGACUACAGCCAUGAAGAUUACAAUGACGAUCGAAAUUUCGUCGAUCUCGAUGCCUUCUACACUUCUCUUCUCGACAAUUCCACCCACUCAAAAGACCUCACCCAAAUCCAUUCCCAUAUCAUAAAGACCGGAUCGCGAGAUAGUAAUUUCAUUGUGACCAAGUUCGUCCAUACGGCCUCGAAUCUUGGUGAGGUCCGUUACGCACGCCAACUGUUCGAUGAAAUUCCCUGCCCAAAUGUAUUCCUCUGGAAUGCGAUCAUUAGAGGGUAUUCUCGGCACGACUCGUCUGAUGAGGCCCUCCAAUUGUAUUGCAGAAUGCAGUGGGAAGGUGUGGGCCCAGACGGGUUCACACUCCCUCAUGUGCUCAAGGCCUGCAGCGGGUUGCUGGCGCUUGAAAUGGGUCGCCGAGUUCAUGGCCAAAUUUACAGGCAUGGGCUUGAAUCAGAUGUUUUUGUGCAGAAUGGUCUCAUAGCUAUGUAUGCGAAAUGUGGCGUGGUUGAUCGUGCCCGUUUGGUUUUUGAUGGGAUUUAUGAUCGAACAGUGGUUUCUUGGACUUCGAUUGUUUCUGGGUAUGUGCAGAACGGUCAUCCUUUGGAAGCUUUGAGAAUUUUCAGGCAAAUGCAAUUGGCGGAUGUGAAACCAGACUGGGUUGCGCUUGUCAGUGUUCUCAAGGCUUACACUGAUGUUGAAGGGUUGGAACAAGGGAAAUCCAUUCAUGGUUGUGUUAUUAAAAGUGGAUUGGAAUAUGAACCUGAUUUGCUGAUUGCGCUCACGGCGAUGUAUGCAAAAUGUGGGGAAGUUCAGGUCGCGAAAUCAUUGUUCGAUUGGUUGCCACUGCCGAAUGUCAUUCUAUGGAAUGCGAUGAUUUCAGGGUUUGCAAAAAAUGGCUAUGCUAAUGAAGCUGUCGAGCUCUUUCGCAAAAUGAUUUCUACGAAUGCUAAACCUGAUUCUGUCACAUUACGUUCUGUGAUCCUAGCUUGUGCCCAGGUGGGCGUGCUAGACUUAGCCAAAUGGAUGGAUGAUUAUGUCAGUAUGAGUGAGUUUCAUUAUGAUGUUUUUGUCAACACAGCUCUUAUUGACAUGUAUGCGAAAUGUGGAAGUAUCAGCCAUGCACGUAUGGUUUUUAACCGCAUACCUGAUAAAGAUGUCGUGGUUUGGAGUGCUAUGAUUGCGAGUUACGGAUUGCAUGGCCAUGGCCAUGAAGCAAUCAAUCUUUUCCACUGCAUGAAGCUUGCUAAUGUGGAACCGAAUGACGUGACCUUUGUCAGCCUCCUCUCUGCGUGCAAUCACUCUGGUCUGGUAGACGAGGGGUGGAAGUACUUCCACUGCAUGAAGAGAGACCACAGAAUUGAGCCCCGUCACCAGCAUUACGCUUGCGUGGUUGAUCUCCUUGGCCGCGCGGGGUAUUUAGAUGAGGCCUAUGAGUUUGUGUUGAAUAUGCCGAUGGAACCAGCCGUGACUGUAUGGGGAGCUCUGUUGAGUGCAUGCAAGAUCUAUGGCAAUGUGAGAUUGGGUGAGUACGCAGCCGAAAGGGUUUUCACUUUGGACCCACUGAAUGCCGGGCACUAUGUGCAGCUCUCGAAUCUUUAUGCUUCAGCUGGCUUGUGGAAUGAUGUAUCGAAGGUCCGUGUCUUGAUGAAAGAGAGAGGGCUGGUUAAGGCGCUCGGAUACAGUUUGAUUGAGAUAAACGGUAAGCUUCAGGCUUUCCGCGUGGGAGACAAAUCACACCCGAGAUCGAAAGAGAUUUUGGCGAUGCUUGAGAAGUUGGAGAGGAAAUUGAAGGAGGCCGGAUUUGUUCCUAAAUCAGACUCUGUCUUGCAUGAUUUGAAUACAGAAGAGAAAGAGGAGAGUCUCUGUAAUCAUAGUGAGAGGCUUGCGAUUGCGUAUGGUCUUAUUAGCACGGCUCCUGGGACAACUCUUAGGAUUACGAAGAACCUCCGUGCAUGUGUGAACUGCCAUUCAGCGACGAAACUCAUAUCGAAGAUUGUUGAGAGAGAGAUUGUUGUUAGAGACGCCAACCGUUUUCAUCACUUCAAGGAUGGUUUCUGUUCUUGUGGAGAUUAUUGGUGAGAUGGGCGGAUUCUAUUCAGAUACUGUAAAUUAUCAGCUGUACAAUUCUCGAUCAGGGGGCCAUUCCUUGUUCGAGGAGCCAACCAUGUCUCUCUCACUGAAGCUUUUCCGAAUCUUUUGAAAUAUUUGAGAAAAUAGAAGUAUCAACAUGCACAUCAAAAAGGUGCGCUACAAUUUUAGACUGUUAUUGCACCCAAACUAUGCUUAGAUUAUCUAUUUAAUGCAGCUCAUGGGCUCAUUGCAGCUAAAGGAGUUACAAGGGGAAUAAAAAAUUAUGGUCCACUUUUAAAUGACAUGUGAUUCAUUCUGUUUUCAUUCUGGACAUCUUGAUGGGGGAGGAAUUUGGGGAGGCCUUGAUGAGAUUGGUGUUUUGAGCGCAUGCCAGAUGGAAUGUAGACCCUUGAUGCAAGGACCACAUAGCCUUUUUGACAUUGUAUAAUGAACAAUAGCAGGAGAGGAAGACAAAUGAAUUUCUCUGUUCUCUUUGCCUUGGGUGUAGUGGUCAGCUACUCUAGAGGGAGAAGGGAUUCCAGACUCCUUGAAAUCAUCCAAGGGGAGAGGGGUUGUAGUUUCAAUGAGUUGGCAGCUGGAUUCAUGGGAAACAUGCUUGGUGUACAGGCAUUUUAUGAUCAAGAUGAAGCUCAGAUAUGCCUUUCAUUGUGAGUACACCACCAUCAUCAUCAUCUGUUGGUAUACUGUUUUUAUAUGGUUUACUUUGCAGUUUUGGUACAAUCACAUGAGUGAUUUCAUUUGACAAGAAACUUUACUUGCUUCUUCUUAGCCACUCUUCUAUUUAGUCUCUCAUGUGGACUAAUGUAUUUCAGAUGCAAGAUUUCAUAAGAAAUGGUAUCUUCUAUUUCAAUAA